CCCGGAUGAAGCUGGAGGCGCCCGUCAGCUAUGUCGGCGCCGCGGUGCUCUGCGCUGUGAGGGGCUGUGACCACCGUGCGUGUCAUGAGGGCCCCUUCCGGGUUGUCGUCAUCAACCUGGACAUGAAUGAGGAUGAUGGUGAUUGUGUUGCACACGCUUGCGUGUCUUCGCCGGUGACCAACAAGUGGAGCGAGCCGUGCUCUGAUUCUCAUUUUGAUGGAUGGAGCAAGCCGUGCUCUGCUCUUCAUCUUGUUAUGACCGAUCCAUUCAUUGAUUCACUGCCUCCUGUCCUCAUUGACAACGCACUUCACUUCAGGCUUACGUAUGAUGAUGAGCGUGUAGGGAUUCUCAAGUAUGACUUGAGCUCUAAUUGCUUAUCACUGAUUGAUGCGCCGCUUACGAGGCCGGCCAUUUUCUGGCCCGCUAUCCUCAUGGCAAUGGAGGAUGGCAGCUUGGGGUUGGCACACUUGGGUGGGUUAACCCUCUACCUAUGGUCAAGACAGAUGGGUUCCGACGGAGUUGCGUUAUGGACUCGGCGUAAAGUCAUCAGUCUCAAGGAACUUCUCCCCAUUCAAAAUCCCAAGAAAAGAAUUAGCGUUAUUGGGUCUGUGGAAGGCCAUGAUAUCAUUUUCGUGACCACAGAUCUUGGCAUCUACGAGAUUAAUUUGAAGACACUACGGUGGAAGAAGCUAUGGAAGAGAGAAAAUUUCCGCUCUUUGAUUCCAUACAUGAGCUUCUACAAUCGACAAGAAAUGGUGAGGCCCUGCAAGGCAUUGACAACAUAUGGUUGAAUAUGCUUAAGGGCAGGAGUUCAUUCUCAUCAACAUGAGAAAUGACUAUUUGAAGGCGACAUGGCUCUUGUGAUCGGUGUCAGUAUUCGGUAACUGCUUUAAUGCAGUGGUGCUUGUUUUCUCAUAGUGUUGUUGGAUUUUGUCAGCAAGCUCGAGAUUGUCCCCGCGUUAAUGGUGUUUUUUAAUUAGCUUGAAAAUGUACCACGGACACUAGCUUUGUCUUGCCAUUGUAAAAACUCUACAGUUUGCUCUCGUAGCUUUGAGCCAAAACAGGGAUGACGAUGAUUUCUGCAUGCUGGCUCACUGGUAUGCCUUAAUUAAUUUUAUGAAUUUGAUUAGUGCUAGAGGUCAAGUGCUGAUGUUACUGAAGAGUAAAGAGUAUAACAUGCAGUUUCUUUUUUAUAUCCAGCAAGCAAUGUUACUAAAGAGUGAAGAGUGUAGCAUGUAAACUGAAAUAUUGAGCUGUAAGUUGAGGGAACUGACAGUAUGGCUGGAUCUGAGUUGCAUGAAGAUCUCAGAGGUUUUACUGCUACAGUUGCUCCACAAAUCUGUUAGGUAUUAGGCUGCUAUUUGUUGCAUAUUUUUUGCCUACGGUGGAUAUAACAGUAGACUGCAAUGCAAUGAGAUGAAGAUGUAUAUGUUUUGUUAUAUUCUGCUAGGCUACAGUGUUCAUGGCCAUUGUUUUGGUUUAUUAUAUUCCAUACUGGGUUCAGAGUUUCCUUAUUUCUUAGACAAGAUCUUUCACUCAAAAGCAUCAACACACAUUUCUAUGUGCAUUCUUGACCUAUAUUUAUGGAGGAAGCAAGGCUCUGUUCCAAAUGCCUGGUACCUAAUUAACUCUGUUCAUUCUUCAUGGGCAAAUGAGUUGCCUCCUCUUCUCUCUUUAAUAUUUUCUUCAUGUGUGGGUGUUUAGUGGUUGGUAAUCUGUUUUCUUUACAGGGGGAUAAUAUAUUUGGAAUUUAUAAUUUUCACAUUGCUGGAGAAUUGCUUGUUAUGUUGGUUGAGUAUGUUGAAGAGCAAUAUGCCACUCUAGUAAAUUAGCUAUUCAUGGUGAUGAUUGAUCCCACCCCACCAUGGUGACACAUAUUAUGUGGGCAUUGUUCUUCUGCAGUUUUUUGUUCUCCAUAUCAAAUUGUGGGACUCGAUACGAUACGUGCUUUUAGGCAAUAGUAAUGGUUCAUUAGGGGUGUGGAAUAUGGUCCUAACCACUAUGUGCUGGACUCAACUCAACGGGAUACAUUCUGAAGCUUAACAUGGUAAUCUGUUAUGUGGCUGGGACUCCAGAUGCUGGCAUUCAUCUAUUUUCACAUAGUAGCUUCCUAUGCUUUUAAUUGCACAUGAAAGAUUCAGUAUUUACAGAAUUCUGCAUUUAACUGCCUAAUCGUUCCUCCAUAUACUUUAUAGCGGGUAUAGAGUUCACUGAGCAAUCGAAGGUUAUUACUAAGAUAGUAUCUUAACAUGUGAGGAUCAUGGCAAAUUUUUAGAUCCAGUAUUAGGCUUUCCUACAGUUACCAAAUAACAAAAGAUUUACAAAGAAUUCAUAUGCUAGUUUAUAAUCCACAAAGGUGAUUCCAACAUUUCAAAAUAAUAGGAAAGGUUCAUAUGUCACGGAUUUUGUCUCAGGCACGAUAUACGAUUAGCACAUCGUGUCCCCGUCAAUAGAAAAAGAUGGACAAAACUUUCUUUACAAUCUUGCCCAGAAAAUCUGGAACAGUAUGUGGCAUCUUGCCAAGAUUUGCAAUCUUGAAAGCACAUUGUUAAUUCAUUGCUACUAGUCGUCACAAUUCAUGCUAAAGAUAUAUAUUCUGAACUUAAUUGGCAGGCUUGGCAGCUGAGCAAAGUAAAAAAAAAAAGGAAUUCCUGUAGUUCCUGUAUUUUCAUCCAGACUAAAUGAGAAUCUUGAUUCCAAAAGAGGUUGUUCACUUAUGGUAUGCAGCUAAUGUGGAUCGUUACCUGACAGGACUGGCGGCUCUCAACGUGGAUAGCGAUGACAUUUGGUUCUGAUGACAGUGGCAUACAUCUUUUUUUUCUGAUGGCCCAUCUUCGACAAUACUGGCCUGUCUUGAGUUUCGAGGCGACACCUGGACAUCGACGUGGCUUGGCACUAUCAAGACUUUGGCUCUGGACCACUUCCAUGUACCUCCGCUCCCUCAUUGUUAGUGAGAGGGGAUAGAUAUGCAUAGCUCAAAGAGCACACAACCGACCAACAAGUCAGUGGCGCUACUGCCCACGACGAGGACAUCACCCUGGGGAUCCCUCUGGUGUUGGAUGGCUGUACCAAGGUUCUGAACGCUGAUGGAAAGGAAGCAGCGGCGAAUCAUGACUGUUCAAAUGCAGCAACUUGAUUGGAAGAUUUCAAGACCUCAGCGAAUGUAAUUCCUGUUGCUUGAAGAUACCAUUUCAUUUAUCAGGUCAACAUUGAAUUUGGUUGAAGAAAUUAUCUCCAUGGUUAAAUCUUGAGGCUACAAACAGGAUCCGUGAGUAGCACCGGUCCAUGAGAUAAAAACGAGAGCACGAACCAUCCUUUUUUUAAUCUUUGAUGUCAAAUUGAAAUUUCUUGCUCGCAAUUUGUUGGUUGGAGUUCCCUUAGCCUAUGACGUGAUGUGACUGUUGUUGGGAAUUAAUUCUGUCUAUAGCAAGGGUAAGAUAUUAAGCUUGAAA